AUGAAUACAAGUUAUGCUUUAAAUUCAACACCAAAAACAAUCAAUCAAAGUAAGUAUAUUGAAUCAUUAAUGGAUUUUUCUACACCAAUGAGUACAAUAUCAAAUCGUUGGAUAAGUAAUACAACACUAAUCAACGAUAAAAUCAUUCAUAUUCAGAAUAAUACUAAUAAUGAAACAAUCAUUGAACAACUUUUAAACAAAUUUAAUGAAUGUAAAAUUAAUUUUCAUCAUACAAAAAAUUAUUUAAAUUUACUUGAUAGCCAUUUAUGUGAAGUAAAAACAGUUCUAAAUCAAUUACAAAAUUUAUUAGAACAAAAUUCUUCACUUAAAACAACUACAGAUCAAUUAGAAACUCGUUUAUUACAAAUAUCCAUUAAACGAGAACAAAUUCAUACAUCAAUAAAUAAUUUUUAUCUAUCACCAACCAUAAAUCAAACACUUAACAAUAGUUUUCAACAGAUUUUACCACGUUCAUCGAACAUAGGAAUAUCAACAGAUCCAAUGAUGUAUUGUACUGAACUAAUUAAUGCUGUAAAAUCAAGUAUAAAUCAAAGAACAAAUUUAAUCGAACGUUUUUAUCAUGAACAAAAUCGAAUAAAACAUCAAACUAAUGAUUAUUAUUCAAGAUUUCAACAACGACAAGAAUUCCUUAUGCAAUUAGUUGAGAAAAUUAUUGACCAACAAAAAAUAAAUGAAAAAUAUAUUGAAACAAUAAAUAUUGAUCAACCACAAUUUGAUAAUCACAGAGAACAAUUAGCUGAAUUGAAUAAACUUAAUGAAGAAUAUCAAUUACUUCAAGAUGAAAAUCUAUUAUUAAAACAUAAAGCAAAAGACAAUAUUCAAAAACUUUACAAUUCUAUUAAUCAAGUUACAGAAUAA